GCAUAGUUUCGUUUAAUUUUGCAUUGAUUCCACAAAAAUGGCCAGGUCAGUACUAUUUAAAUAAAAAGGUACUCUUUAUACGGCGGCUCAUCUGUGAACACAUACUGUACUGUAACUGCAAGUAAGUGCAAAUAAUGGAGUCAGAUAUCUAUUAUAUCAAUUUUGAAAACAGGGAUAUUGAGUGCACAACUCCACCUCAAACACCAAGUCGAGGCCAGAAUGCAGGAAAAGCUAAAAAAUGCAGAGGAAGUAGAUGUUUAGUGUUGAUGGCGGUGUGUUCCGGGCUCAUUUGUGUUCUUCUGCUGGUCUUCAUCGUACUGCAGCAUUUCUCCAUCACAGCAGAGAGAGACCUGUUGAAGAAUUACAAGGACGCAGUCCAAGUGUUCAAUCAGACGAUCAGCAGAUUACAGGACACUUACUCUGAUCUAAUGACUGAGAAUGACCAAUUGAAGUACAGAUUCAACUACCUGAAUGAUGAACUAAAGAACGCUUAUGAACAAGGAUUUCAUUGGGGUUCAGGUUGGUUUUUCAAAUCCAAUGAUUCGAAGACCUGGUUUCAGAGCAGGCAGUAUUGCAGGGAUCGAGGUGCUGAUCUGGUCAUUAUCAACACUGAAGUGAAGCAGAGUUUCCUAACUUCAAUCAUCAGUAGUAGUGAGAGAUUGUGGAUUGGUUUGACUGACAUAAACCAAGAAGGCAAGAUGAAAUGGGUGGAUAAUUCACCACUGAAACAAGGGUUUUGGAGCCAAGGUCAACCAGAUGAUUACAUUAAAAACGAGGACUGUGUUGAACUGGUGUCUUCAACUCCUUCCCUAAACAACUGGAAUGAUAUUUCAUGCUCGGACACCCGAAAAGCACUUUGUGAGAAAUAGGGUUCAACCCAUCUUUUUGUGUUUUUUUUCUUGUAUUAUUUUAUGAAAUCACAAUAUUGUUAACACAUUUUGAAUGGUGGUUUCUUCCUUUUAAAAUAGUGUGCUACUUUCAUUUUACCACUUUAUAUCAGUUUUGUUUCAUAAAUUUAUGUAAUGCAGGAAAUUAAGAGUGGAUAUUCAAAUAAAAGGAAAUGUAAAAUUGUGAUUAUUUUCUUAUUGCAUGAAAAAUCUCACAACAUCCAGUUUCUCACAAUGUGAAUUAGGGUAAUCUGUGACACCUAACUUCUGAUGUGUUCAUGUCUUGCUCCAUCACAAGCAGUUCCAUAUUAAUAUGACCUUAUUCUAGCUGUUAUCAUGCAUCUCAAGUGUUGAGAAUAAAGUGCAGAAGUGUCCCAGAAAACCCUAAUUAAUCUGAUCAGUCUGAUAUUGAGUGUCUGUGAAACUGCUUUUGACUUGAAUUGCUUUCUCUUUGGAAUAAAAUUAUCAAUUACUG